GCCCCCCGAAGUGGCAGAAGGAGACGAUCGCCCCGAUCGAGGCGGAGGUGGGGGAUAGCGUGGUGCUGCCCUGCAACCCCCCGGUCAGCACCGUGCCCCCCCAAAUCUACUGGAUGAACAUAAAUCUGCAGCACAUCACUCAGAGCCCGCGGGUCACUCAGGGCCGAAACGGGAACCUGUAUUUCUCCAACGUGGAGAAGAGCGACACCAAGAACGACUACAUGUGUCACGCGCGCUUCAUCGGAGCACGCACCAUCGUGCAGAAAGAGCCCAUCGAGCUGCGCGUGCGAGACUCAAAUUCGGUGAAGAACCGCGGGCCCCGUAUCCUGAUGCCCCAAGGAGAGAGGAGCUCUUACCUGGCAUUGAGAGGACACAGCCUGGAGCUAGAGUGCAUCGCAGAGGGGCUCCCGACCCCUGAGAUAGUCUGGGUGCGGAGGGAGGGGGUGAUGCCAGAGGGGAGAGCGAGCCUGGAGAAUUUCAACAAGCUGCUGAGAAUCGAGAACAUCACCGAGUCGGACGAUGGAGAGUACCAGUGCACUGUGAGCAACCAGGGGGGCAGAGAGAGACACAUCUACAUCGUCUCUGUGGAGGCGGCCCCCUACUGGGUGAGGCAGCCGGAGAGCGGGUUGUACGGGCCGGGCGAGACGGUGCGGCUGGACUGCGACGUGGAGGGGAAACCCAAACCCAGCAUCGUCUGGAAGAUCAACGGAGAGCCCCUCACAGACACAGACUCGGAUCUCAGGCACAGUGUGAAGGGCAGCUCUCUGAUUCUCCACAACGCGCAGUCGAGAGACACGAGUGUGUUCCAGUGUGAGGCCAACAACACUCACGGGACCAUCCUCGCCAACGCCUACGUCUACGUCAUCAGCCUCCCUGCUCAGAUCCUCUCUCCCGAUAAUCAGCUCUACAUCGUGGCCGAGGAUCAGGCCGCCUUCCUGGACUGCAGGACCUUUGGAGUGCCAAGGCCGGAUGUGACCUGGUCCCGCGAUGGUAAAGACUCGUUCUCUAUCCUGGAGGACCCGCGCUUCUCUCUCUACACUAACGGGACCCUGCACCUCGUCUCCGCCUCUCGAGAGGACAGCGGCCAAUUCAGCUGCACCGUGAACCCCGAGGCAGAGAACAUCUCCAUCAGCGCCACCCUUGAGAUCCGCAAUAAGACAGUGAUUGUGGUCCCGCCCGGUGAUCAGAGGGUGCCCAGAGGAGGCACGGCUGAGUUCAGCUGCAAAGCCCAGUACGACAGCCGCCACUUCCAUUCCAAGCAGCCGGACCCCAUGUGGAGGAGAGACGGGCGCAAGAUCGCUGAGACAGCCGACAGCAGCAAGUACGUGUUUGACGGUCACAAGCUGGUUAUCGAUGCGGUGGAGGAGGAGGAUGAGGGAGUGUACACUUGCAUCGCAGCCUCCUCCAUCGACUCUGACGAGGCCAGAGGCAGACUCCUGGUCCUGGAUGUUCCGGACCCCCCCGUUGACCUCGUGCUCUCGGACCCCCAGGAUCGCAGCGUCAUUCUGUCCUGGACCCCCUCCAACGACCACAACAGCCCCAUACUGGAGUAUGUGAUAGAGUACUCAACUAUGCUGAAUCAGGGUGUCUGGAGUGAGCUGACGAGAGUGAACGAGAGUGAGACGUCCGCGUUGCUCAACCUCUUCCCAUUCCUGAAGUACCGGUUCCGGGUCAUCGCUGUCAACGAGCUGGGAAAGAGCGGAGCCAGCGCGCCAUCGGACUCCUUCGAAACACCUGCCGCAGCUCCAGACAGUAACCCGACUGGGGUGAGAGGAGAGGGGAACCAGACCGAUAACAUGGUCAUCCACUGGGAGCCCAUCAGGCAGCUGCAGUGGUGUGGCCCCGGGUUCAAGUACCAGGUUUCGUGGCGGCAGGCUGGCGAGUCGGAGUGGCGCGAGGCGUCCACUGAGUCCCCCGUGUUUGUGGUGACGGGGAGCCCCCCCUUCACCCCCUAUCACAUCAGAGUGAGGGCCACCAACGAGAGGGGCCUGGGGCCCGAGCCAGACACCGUCACAGGGUACUCGGGAGAGGACUUACCUCUCUCCAGUCCUCUGAAUGUAGCGGUGGAGUUUCUCAAUCGCACCCUUAUCAAUGUGACCUGGAGCCCUGUCCCCAGAGAGAGUGUGAGAGGCCACCUGAAAGGAUACAAGGUUCAUUGCUGGAGGUCCCGCUCUCUGCUGGAGAGACCGAAGCGCCAGUCCUCCGACCGCUUCUCCGUCACCGUGGCGGGGGGGCGGAGCCACGCCCUGCUCUCCGGCCUGCAGCCCUUCAGCGUCUACUACGUGGAAGUGAACGUCUUCAACGGGAGAGGGGAGGGGCCAGCCAGCGAGCCGCUGAGAUUCGACACGCCCGAGGGGGUCCCCGGCCCCCCUGCCUCUCUCUCCCUGGACAGCCCCUCAGAGUCGCUGUUGAUUCUGCAGUGGCAGCCCCCCCUGCAGCCCAACGGGAACCUGACUGGCUAUGAGCUUCACUACCAGCAGAUUAGCGAGUCAGGGAACAGUCACCUGACAGACGUGGAGUUAAAGCCGCACGAGUUGAACUGGACCGUGCUGGACGUGGACCCGCGCAGCCUGUACCGCUUCUACCUGAAAGCACGCACGAGCGCCGGGGCGGGGCCGCACGUCUUCACUGAGGGCUCCGCCCUGCUGGAGGGAGCCCUGCCCAAGUUGGAUAACAUCAGCAUUAUCUCUGGAAAGACCUUCUCUAAUAUCAGCUGGGUCCCGCGCGAGGGCUACCGGGACGUGGAGUUUCAAAUUCAAUACCUCAACAAACACAGGUCUAACAGUCCCUGGCAGGUUAUGGAGAAGGUGAGCUCGACCCAGUCCUUCUAUCAGAUCCAGAACCUGGAGCCCGGGACAAGUUACCGGGUCCGAUUUACCGUCAAGAACAGAACGGCUGAAGUGAGCUUCUGGGAGCACAGCAUCCAGACUGCCGGGCCGGCCCUCUCUGAGCUCCACGGUGGGUUUGCCACACAGGGCUGGUUCAUCGGGCUGAUCAGCGCUUUGGUUCUGCUGCUCCUCAUCCUGCUCAUCGGCUGCUUCAUCAAGAGGAGCAGAGGGGGCAAGUACUCCGUGAAGGCUAAGGAGGAAGGACAGGUGGACUCAGAAGCCCGGCCAAUGAAGGACGAGACGUUUGGAGAGUACAGAUCCCUGGAAAGUGAGAACGAGGAGAAGCCCGACUCUGGCAGCCAGGCCUCGGUCAUCGCCAAUCUGAAGCCCCUGGGCAGUGACGACAGCCUGGCCGAUUACGGGGGCAGCGUGGACGUGCAGUUCAACGAGGACGGCUCCUUCAUCGGCCAGUACAGCGGGAAGAAAGAGCCCGGCGCGGCCGCGGGUCACGAGAGCUCGGGCCCCGCCUCCCCAGUGAACCCCCCCGCCACCGCGGGGCCCCUGGAGUGAGGGGUCGGGGAGCAGGGGCCCCAGCUUCUGAUAAAGGAUACCACAGAACCACGACGCUUUAAAAAAACGUUUACCAGGGUUACAAAGCAUUGUGAAGCACAGAGAGGCAUGGUAAAGAAUAUUAAAAAACAAACCAAGGUCAACUAACCCUUCUAAAAGUUUCCCACAGUAAAAGCACAGCACAGUGUGAUGGAGCAAAAAACAAACCACACAGUAUAAUUAUGGUGAGAGAAAGUUACUGUCCUCAAUUUACCGUGGGAAACUUUUCUGAGGGACACAGCGUGUUUAAUUGGCUGCUUUUGAGGUUUUCGGCUAGGAUUUCAGCUUCUAUAGUACAUUGAUAUCCUAUUUCGUCAUUUUUUUUUUUUUUUUUUAAGAUUGAAUGACUUGUAAUGUUUCUGCGUGUCGGGUGUCUCAGAUCGCGUUGAGAGUGUGCUUCAUUCUCUUGCGUUCUUUGUGUGACAGACAAAGAGAAUCUCAUUUAAAAGCUGACCGGAGCGUUAGGAGUGGCAGAUUUGCUUGAACUAAUAGAGCCAUGUAAACACAUAGUGUAUCCCUUAACAGAAGCUGGAUAUUGCUAUAUUGUGGCUAAACUCUCCUCCCCUUUAAAACACGCUAGCAGGAGCGAGCGCGAUUGCACACUUUGGUACAGGACAGGGGGGCGGUGUGUUUAAAAGGGGAGACUGGGGGUGUUAAAGGGGAAGUCAGUUUAGCCUCGGUAGACUCUCCGCAGGGCCCCGCGCAUCCUUUUCAACCUAUGACCCCAUUCCUCAAACCCUGUGGACCAAUCGCAUUGCUUUGAAUGGAAAUCAAAACGCAAACCGUGCGCUGCCUAACAUAUCCUCUCUAUCUCUCUAUCUCUCUCUCUAUCUCUCUCUCUAUCUGUCUCUCUGUCUCGAUCUGUCUAUCUGUCUCUCUAUCUGUCUCUCUCUCUGUCUCUCUCACUCUAUCUAUCUCUCUCUCACUGUCUCUCUCUGUCUCUCUCACUCUAUCUCUCUCUCUCUCUAUCUCUCCAUCUGUCUCGAUCUGUCUAUCUGUCUCUAUCUGUCUCUCUCUCUCUCUGUCUCUCUCUGUCUCUGUCUGUAUCUGUCUCUCUCUCUGUCUCUCUCUCUCUGUCUCUAUCUGCCUCUCUCUCUGUCUCUCUCUGUCUCUGUCUGUAUCUGUCUCUCUCUCUGUCUCUCUAUCUGUCUCUGUCUCUCUCUCUCUCUCUCUCUCUCUCUGUCUCUCUCUGUCUCUGUCUGUAUCUGUCUCUAUCUGUCUCUGUCUCUCUAUCUCUCUGUCUCUCUCUCUGUCUCUGUCUGUAUCUGUCUCUAUCUGUCUCUGUCUCUCUAUCUCUCUGUCUCUCUCUCUGUCUCUGUCUCUCUGUCUCCCUCUCCCUCUCUCUCUCUCUGUCUCUCUAUCUGUCUCUCUCUCUGUCUCUGUCUCUCUCUGUCUCUGUCUGUAUCUGUCUCUCUCUCUCUGUCUCUCUGCCUGUCUCUCUCUCUCUGUCUCUAUCUGUCUCUCUCUCUCUCUCUCUGUCUUUUCUGUGUCGUUCUGUGUGCCGGAGUGGAGCGUGUGUUUGAUACGGUUUUGCCGCCACUAGCGGCAAAUCGCGCUCCCUUAGUAGUGGUGACCGAGGGCGUCCAGUCUAAACGUGCCAAAUCCAGACAGAGCAGUCCAAGCAAGUGCCAGAGAUACAGAGAGACAGAGAGACAGAGAGACAGAGAGACAGAGAGACAGAGAGUCCUCCAUAUCGCUCUGUUAUACAAAAGUAAUGAUUUUCUGGUUCGAUUCCAAAGUGUGUGUUCUCAAAACGCAAACGUCUGUCUUAUCAAUCUGAGGGUAGCAAUCUGUCGAUAUGUCAAUACUUACGUGUCUGUCUCUGUGUAUAUUAUGUGUGGCAAAAUGUGGACUUUGCUGUUUAAAAGCACCUGGAUUUUAAUCUGAAAAAAAAUAAUUAAAUAAAUCAUUUGCUGUGAAACUGAGCCUCCAACCUAAGCAGCAGCAGAAUGGGCUGUGCAUCAAGGGGAGCCUUUGUGACGUUUGGUUAGCCAAAGUGUCCUGUAAUUGGGUAUCAGAACUUGGCAGAGAUUCUACUUGUCAGAUAAUUAUCUAUCUACCUAUCUAUCUUAAUUAUUCUCUCCUAAUGAGAGAACUCUCUUUGUUUUGUACAGAAAUCAGCCGCGGGUGGUGUGGGUUCUGAAGCGUGGCCCGGUGACGGCUCUUCUUUGUAUCUGCACCUUGCUGGAGUGCGUCACUGAAUGUAAAUACUUGUGCUGGGCUGUGAUCCUUGUCAAUUGUAAUUUGGCUGGUAGAUUUUAGGCAAAAUGUUAAUCGAUCCCCUCUCUCCCCCUCCUCCUCUCCCCUCCCCCUCUCCCUCCUCCCCCUCUCCCUCCCCCCAUCCCCCUUCUCCCCCUCCCCCUCCUCCCUCUCCCUCUCCCCUCUCCCUCCUCUCCCUCUCCCCUCUCCCUCCUCUCCCUCUCCCUCCUCCCUCCUCCCCCUCCUCCCUCCCUCUCUCCCUCCUCCCUCUCCCUCUCCCCCCUCUCCCUCUCCCUCCUCCCUCCUCCCUCCUCUCCCUCUCCGUCUCCCCUCUCUGUCUCCCUCCUCCUCUCCCCUCUCCCUCUCCCUCCCCCUCCUCCUCUCCCCCUCUCCCUCCCCCUCCUCCCUCUCUCCCUCUCCCUCCCCCUCUCCCUCCCCCCCCCCCUCCCCUAGUUAGACACAGCUAGGUGAUCUUCAGUAGCUAGUUAUCUUUUUGAGAGAAAAAAAAUAAUACAUUUAUAUAUAUAUAUAUAUAUAUAAUCAAGUGAUUCUAAUGAAAAUGAUGAUUUUUAUUAUUAUAAUAAGAACACAUUGCAGUAUCUGUGUACCUUUAUUUUUUCUGGUUGGUAUGUUCAUUUUUUUAUACACACACACACACAUUAUAUAUCUAUAUAGAAUUGCAAAUGAUAAUAACGCAGUAAUCAUGUCACGGCUUGGAAUCCUAAUCUGUGGUCUUGUGAUUUCAUUAAAGGGAUUCUUGAUAUUGCU